GGCUGAACAAUAAGUUAGAAUUCAGUUUAAUUACGACCAUGAAGUACUUAGGACUUGCUUUAAUUUCCGCAGUGUUCUUAAUUGGAACCUGCCAAGCUGAAAAUCCGUCAAAGAAGUGCGAGGAAAGAUUUAAGAAUGAUGCUUCGAAAAUGGCUUGCAUUCCCCAUUGCAAAUAUCAGUAUUACGGAUUUGUAGCUAUGGAUAAUAACAUCGCUAGACCAGAGAUUCGCAAAUUUUCUAAUGUUCUAAUCAAAUAUAAUGUUGUGGACAAAAGCCUGAAAGCAGAAAUUAGGAAAAUUAUGCACGAAUGUGCUAAAAAAGUUAAGAAACAAGCUAGAGAAGACUCUCAUUGGUUGAAUUGUCGUACAACUAUUAAUUAUUAUAGAUGUAUUUUGACCGACAAACGAAUCGGACCUCAAAGAUUUGACAGAGCCAUUGAAGACUAUGAUAAAACAAUCAAUAUAUAACCACAAAGCUUAUACAUGAAUAAAGCUUAAAAGCACUGAAUUUGCUUUCCCGAAACAA